AUGGCGGGCGUCUGGGCUGCCUCUAAGGCGUGCGGUCACCUCCCCCGGCUGGACUCAGCUGUGUGUUUGCAGUCGUUCCGUCGUCACGUCUUCCAGUCUGACCACCAAGAUAUCUCUUAUACAACAUCUUACCUGUUGUUUCCGCUGCUUUUAAGUCGAUAUGCUUUACUGUUGCACACCAUUAAACCGCUAAUAGCUUGCAAAGGCGCUUUAUGGCAGAAAGCUGAAAAGGAUGGCGCUGGCCUGCAUGCCGUGGUCCUCCUCUGUCCGCCCCGCCCGGCCGGGGCUGGAACAAGCGCUCCCAGGUAUUUGGACGGAUUUCAGCUCUGGUUUGACCCGGCUCCGCGAGCCACAGAGGAGUUCCAGCUGUAUAAAAAGAGAAUUUUUAACUUCCCUCCACGUCCAGACGCGAGCUUCGACGUUGCUCUGAUGUGUAGAGUUGGCGAGACUCGGGCCGAGUGUCCGGUGUUGAGUUUCAGCCUGGUGGUGAUCCCUCCUGAAGCUGCUGUUAGUACUCGGCAUCUGAAACACCACAGAUCUGACCCCAUCAGUAGAGACGCGUCUCUGGACGGCUUCCAGCUGUUUCCCCGGAGCACUGUAACGCUGAAGCCAGCUCAGAGAGCAGCGUCCACUCUGACACAGUCAGGAAAACUCAGCAGUUCCACAAAGAGAAAAGCAGAAACGCAGAUCGAACAGCCUUUCUCUGUCCCUCCUGCUGUCAGGAUGCAGUGCUGCUGGCCAGCUUUGGAAAAGAAACCUGGCACCGUUCUGCUGCAGACGCCCACGGUCUUAUCAGAUAAAGCCGGGACAGAAAAGCCGAUCCUGACAAACAGGAAAUGUUUCAAAGCAAAGCACUGA